AUGGAGAACCAGUGUGCAGCCGAAAGGAUCCCAGAUGAAAUGGUGUCCUUUGAGCCGAUAGCUUGCGGAGUUCAGUGCGAGAACUUGGAGGAAGCUGUUCUACCAAAACCGAUUUCCGUAGUGUUCGAUGAUUCGACUAAAUCAACGGGAAAGUGUAUUUCAAAUGAUGAAAACUCGAGGGAAAAGCUUCCCGAGGAGAGCCUUGGUGCGGAAAACCUGUAUGAGCGGUAUAGGUAUUACGCUGAAGCUUUCGCUGAAGGUAGUGAUGAUGAAAGCGACGAAAACGAGGACGUGAAUCUCAUUGUCGAUUCUGUGCAACUACGAAACCACGUGGAACAUGAACCUUUCAUUUCAUGUCAACCCCUGGAUUUCCCUGAGCGCACUUCGGCAGAAGCUUUUGCGAUUCCGGUGAAGAAUGCACUUGGUCGAAAUAAUUUCCGGGAAGGCUUGAAAUCUUUGCCAAGGAAUAUCGUAUUUUGGUCAGAUUUUCCAGAAAGGGUCCUGAUCGAAAUCUUCGUACCCUUGCAUCAGCCGGAUAAUUUUUUCUUUUCUUUAGACAAGGAACAAAGUUUGGGCUUUAUCACAGUACAACAGGAGUUUUUCCAAGUAGGCUUCACUUUGGCUCGUGGAGUUGAACUCUCCGAAAAAUCAAUUGUUAUCAAGGCAAACCCAGAUUCAUUCCGUGGAAGCUUCGUCAUUUCUUUGAAGAAGGUGAAACGUGAAUCUUGGCCAUUUUUGAUAUGCGAAAAAGAAUCCAGAUUACAUCCUUGGCUGCGAUUCGAUGCUUCUCGUUCGGAAACUGUCAUUGACUUUGAUAACAUCGAAGAAAACCUUGCUAUCAAUGUCGAGGAUUGGAACGAGAAUGCCGAUGAAGAAGCUCAUCGAUAUUUUCUGAAUACCCUUCCUCCAAUGGCGAAUGCCGACCCAGGCGAGUGA